AUGGAGGAAAGAAAAGAGGUAAGCGUAAUGAGGCUCUAUGUGUAAGCCAUUAAGGCACAGUCAUGUUAAAUAGAUAAGUGGGUGAGCAGCUGUCCCAGUAAAAUUCAUAAACAAAGUUAAACCACUGUAAAGGUCUGACCAAUUGACAAUUUCUCCGUCAAUUUGAGAAUGCAGAGUGCAAUUGAGUAGAGAUUUUGCAAAUUCAGCUUGAUAUUAUAGAAACCGCUAAACUAAACUCCUGAUUGCUGCAGCUGCCUGUCAGUCAACAACUCCAUCAUUCAUUUAGUCAUCUUCAUUAUCUUCUUUUGGGCAUUUCAAUAUGAGUUUUUUCAAAUGAAAUACAUUCUUAUCGAAAACACUUAUUGCUUAUUCUCAAAUUACAAAAGUAAUAUUUCAUAGUUGAUUAGCACAAAUACCUCGUUUUAUUUUACUGAAUCAGUACUCAUUGAGAAGACUGAGAAUUGUAUCUUCCUGCUUUCCUGCACAUACUUAUUCACACAUGAGACUUUACACAGUUGUGGCUACUCAUCACAUAAGGAGAAGGGGAUAGCAAGACACUUGCUUCAGAGCCAACCACCAAGUGCACUUACCUGACAUCAGCCUAUCCAACAAACAGGAGAGUGGGAAAACAAAGUCAACACAGAGAGACAGAGAGCAUUGCACCCUGAUCAGCAAGAGUAGUGGAUGGACACUUUUUUCACCAAAAGAUAUUCAGUACUUUAAGUUGUAAACUCCCCAAAUAAACCUUCCCCUUAUUUUAUGUUGCUUCACCACUCAUCUUUUUGAAAAGGAAUUAUUGAUUUAAAUGAAGACAUUAUUUCUGUCUAGAGGAUCAACAUAUUCGCUUGUGACCAAGUUUUCUCUGACUGAUAAAAGCAAAACAUUGAAAUGUAAUCACCAAAAGAAGUGACCAAGACAUGUUCAGCCUUAGGAAUCUUAGUUUUCUUAGCAGCCAGAUGAGACCCUCACCUUAGAUACCCAGGAGGCUACAGGAAGGGGUGAAAGUAAGCCAGUACGCAGUGGUAUGCCGUACCGAGAAGACAUAAACAGCAGUUUACAGCCGGUAUGCAGCGGUACGCAAACUUUCACCCCUGCAAUGUAUAUAGGCUACAUUUGCUUACCAUGUUGCCGUACGUCAGUCUGCACUCUGCAUUAUAACCGUAGUAACCCAAUAGGACUAUGCUGUUUGCAGGUGAGUCGCAUUUGCUUCCGCAAACAAACAAACUCUGAAAGUGGGAGCGCUCAGUACACACUUUCGAUUGGACGCUGGUUGUCUUGGUGCUGGGGGUCUCUUCCUGCCUUUUGCAGCUACUUCAAUCUUAAUGUAGACGUAAAACAAAAUGCAGAGAAGAAUUGAUUUUAUGUUCAAGAGAAAGAAAUAUGAAGCAGAUGAUGAUACUGUGGCAUCAGAGCAAGUUGAGGAGCAGAGGGGGGAAGAAGCAAAGCUACAGGAGUGGGUAAGCUACUGACAAAUGGCUGAUAAUGUUACUGUAUCAGAACAACAGCAGGUUGCAAUAUGAAUCUUUUCAUUUGUAUCUAAGUACAGAUGUAUCACAAUAGAUUAAAAUAAAUAUAUUCUCAUUUAUGGCAUACUUGAAUAAAUUGUGCAACAGAAGCCUGCAGAUGACCAUAAAUAGGAUUUAUUGUUCUCAAAUUAUUUGAGGAACUGCUUGUGGCUUCAAACUAUGUCCCUAUUGUAUUUUCCAGCAAAUAAAUCACAUUUAUAGUCAUCUGCAGCUUCUGUUGCACAAUUUAUUCAAGUAUCCCAUCUCAAUAAAUGAGAAUUUAUUUAUUUUUAUUUGUUGAGGUGCACCUUUUAAACUUGGGUGUGCUCCUCUUGUACAAAGCCCACGGGUGCAGUACUAUGGAGCUCUGAGAUUUAUAAUAAAUUAACUCAUCGCUGUACUUUAUACUCCAAAGUCAGUUGGACUUCUUUAAGUACUCGUCAGCUUGGUCAUUGGUACGUUUUCAUUUACAAAGGCAUUCUUGGAAAAAUUCUGGACUACCUCUCCUUCUUAUUGAUCUUAAAGGACUGAUUACACAACCUGAGAUCAUUGAGAUUUAUACAGUUUGUUGUCCCCAGAGUCCGAACUAAAAUGGGAAAGAAGGCUUUCAGGUUCUCUGCCCCCUUUGCAUGGAAUAAUCUGUAGACUGAAUUUAAGCUGCAAAACUUGAUGUCUUUGACUGUUUUUAAAUCUGCAGUUAAAAGGCUGGAGUACAGACUCUCAGAAUGUCUCUGUUUUAACUGAUGUUUCCUCACAUUUUUGUUCUUUAUUGAGUCUGUGUGACUACUCUAACUAUGUAUUGCUGCCAUUUUUGGUUAGGUCUCACUUGCAAAUGAGAUCCUCAGAUCUCAAUGGGACAAACCUGGUUAAAUCAAGGUUAAAUAAAAAUCGAUUUUUCAAAUUAAUUGCUAAUAUGAAGCCAAAUCUAUGAUAAUGGAAAAAUAAAAAAAUCAACUGUUUGUCCAGUGAAGUUGGCAGAGGUGACAUCAUAGAGCAGGAGAAAGUUAGUACAACGAAUAUACACUCACCGGCCACUUUAUUAGGUACACCAUGCUAGUAACGGGUUGGACCCCCUUUUGCCUUCAGAACUGCCUCAAUUCUUCGUGGCAUAGAUUCAACAAGGUGCUGGAAGCAUUCCUCAGAGAGCUUGGUCCAUAUUGACAUGAUGGCAUCACACAGUUGCCGCAGAUUUGUCGGCUGCACAUCCAUGAUGCGAAUCUCCCGUUCCACCACAUCCCAAAGAUGCUCUAUUGGAUUGAGAUCUGGUGACUGUGGAGGCCAUUUGAGUACAGUGAACUCAUUGUCAUGUUCAAGAAACCAGUCUGAGAUGAUUCCAGCUUUAUGACAUGGCGCAUUAUCCUGCUGAAAGUAGCCAUCAGAAGUUGGGUACAUUGUGGUCAUAAAGGGAUGGACAUGAUCAGCAACAAUACUCAGGUAGGCUGUGGCGUUGCAACGAUGCUCAAUUGGUACCAAGGGGCCCAAAGAGUGCCAAGAAAAUAUUCCCCACACCAUGACACCACCACCACCAGCCUGAACCGUUGAUACAAGGCAGGAUGGAUCCAUGCUUUCAUGUUGUUGACGCCAAAUUCUGACCCUACCAUCCGAAUGUCGCAGCAGAAAUCGAGACUCAUCAGACCAGGCAACGUUUUUCCAAUCUUCUAUUGUCCAAUUUCAAUGAGCUUGUGCAAAUUGUAGCCUCAGUUUCCUGUUCUUAGCUGAAAGGAGUGGCACCCGGUGUGGUCUUCUGCUGCUGUAGCCCAUCUGCCUCAAAGUUCAACGUACUGUGCGUUCAGAGAUGCUCUUCUGCCUACCUUGGUUGUAACGGGUGGUUAUUUGAGUCACUGUUGCCUUUCUAUCAGCUCGAACCAGUCUGGCCAUUCUCCUCUGACCUCUGGCAUCAACAAGGCAUUUCCGCCCACAGAACUGCCGCUCACUGGAUAUUUUUUCUUUUUCGGACCAUUCUCUGUAAACCCUAGAGAUGGUUGUGCGUGAAAAUCCCAGUAGAUCAGCAGUUUCUGAAAUACUCAGACCAGCCCUUCUGGCACCAACAACCAUGCCACGUUCAAAGUCACUCAAAUCACCUUUCUUCCCCAUACUGAUGCUCGGUUUGAACUGCAGGAGAUUGUCUUGACCAUGUCUACAUGCCUAAAUGCACUAAGUUGCCGCCAUGUGAUUGGCUGAUUAGAAAUUAAGUGUUAACGAGCAGUUGGACAGGUGUACCUAAUAAAGUGGCCGGUGAGUGUAUAUAUAAGGUUUGCAAGAUGUGCUACAUGAAAAUAAAAUACUGUUUAAAUAAGACAAACAUAAAGGAAAGACAAAUGCUUAAUUUGCUGAACAGUUGAAAAAAAAAUGUACAAAUUGCAAUAAUAAAGUCUCAUGGCCCAAAAAUCGUGAUGAUAUCGUAUCACGGGCCACUGGUGAUUCCCACCCGUAUUUGUUACACUUAAUGAAUGACCUUAAUACCUCCUGUUUGAGUUUAAAUCAUUCCCAAAUGACCAUGCUGAUGAUCACCAAUAGAUCAAUUUACUAGUUAAAUUGAAAUACCAAAAAAAAAUGUAAUUACUUAUUACUCUCGUAUUUAGAAAAGAUCCUCAAAUUUACCCUUGAUGUGUCGUCUGAUCUGUCGUCUGGACUUUUUUUUCCCCAAGGACCUCUGUUGAUCCUUUUUUAUGAAUGAAGUGCUCCAGCGUGUCAUCCUCAAAUUAUUUCUGCGUGUGUAAAUCACAGUUGAGAUAUAUAAAAUGACGUUAAAGGUGUCUUUUCAUCCAGAGUAAAAUCUCUGCGUAUCUAAUCGAAACGAGACCACAGGACCCCUCGUCAUUUGUUUUGUACGAUGGUGUAAGCUGCUGCUAUGGGAUGGAAUUCGAGUGUAUUCAGACGGACUUAGCUCAUCUGAGUAACACAGGCGAGCUGCUGUGUGCACGCACAGGUGCAGUCACGGUCAGAAGCGUCUCCACACCGCAUCUGAGAACAGCUUUCUUCAUUUAUCUGUGAGUAACAUUUUAAUGGUACACAUUUUUUCACGGGUGAUCUUACGGAGAUGAUGUCCCAAGAGGAAGGGUUGUUAUCCAAAUAACGCAUUACGCAUUUGGGAUGAGCGUCAAAAUGUUGCAGCUGAAGUGUAAACACUGAGCUUGAUUGGUCACUAUAACCGCUUUUCUGUUCUUGCAUCCAGACUCCUGUAGUCAGAACACUUUUCUUUGAGAUAUUACGUUAUAUUUUCAAUCGAGUUUGGGCAAAAAAUGGCCGUAAUUUUGGGGUUAUACGGGAAGUUGAUUCUUUGAAGCGCGAUCAUAAAAGUACUCCUGUUUGAUAAAUAAUUGAUUGUCACACUCACAGAACAGUAAAUUAUGGGAAAUUAAACGCACUGGAAACGCACUUUUAUGGAACUGUUUUCACCCCUUGGAUGAAGACUGGUUGCAAAAUUAAAAAGAACAGUUGUUUAUGAGGUUGUUUCAUGUUCUGUAGCUGUGAGGAAAGAACCUUUAGCACUUCCAUUGUGGCUUUACCUUGUCUGUGUAAUUUUUUUCUGCUUUGGGGUCCCUAAUUUUUCUACAAGAGCUGUGAUGGCUCUGCUACGAAGUUACUUAACUCUAAUUGACUUUCAAGAGUCUGUGGUCUAAUAGGGCUGGGGGGGGGGGUCUUUAAUUAAAGACUUUACCUGACUAAAAACAAAAGAGCAAAUCUUUUCCUGCCAAGGGACAAGCAUAAUCCCAGUCAGCAAAUAUGGAGAGAAGAUUUGUAAUGUGUCUCUGUUUCGUUUAGUUUAGCCCUUCAGGGAGCACUAAUCAGCCCAAAAUGCCCAUGUGGUCCAGGUAAUUAUGAUUUAUGACAGGAUGAGAGGCUCUCAUUACAGCUGCUCACACUUGAGAAUCACUGCUGCAGGUUGAAAUAUUUGCCGAUUGUUUUCAUCAUGUAGUUAAUUUUGUUGAGGGGAGGGGGUUAAUUUUCCUCUUCUUGAAUGACAGUGAUAAGGGAUAAAGCUUGAAACCCACAACAGGAAAGAUUAUAUAUAUAUAUAUAUAUAUAUAUAUAUAUAUAGCUCAGCAUGGUUUUAUUUCUUGAACCACCACAAGCAAGACUGUCAAAUGCCAUGUACCAGGAGAGACAAAUCUAAUUUGUGCGUUGGCAGCCUGCUAAUGCACAGCAGCAGCAGCAUGCUGCCAGUAGCCUCUGGUGGGACCCCCACAGAUGAAAAGGGUACAUGGAACCCUCUAAGCUAACUUUUUUCUUACUAGUAGAACCUGUGCCGUGUGGCUCACCCCAGGGGUGGUCCAAGCUAGUUUUGUAUUCAUGGCAGAUAAUUUUCUACUUAAAAAAAUGCAUUGACUCAGCAAAUAAAUGUGUUAUUUGAAGAGAUUGAAAAACAGGAACACAGGAGGCUGCUCGUUCCACAUUUUAGGAGCCACUACACAAAAAGCCUGAUCACCUCUGAACUUCCUCUUAGACCCUAGGAUGGCCAAGAGCAGCUGAUCAGCUGAUUGUAGCGCCCUCAGUGGGGCAUAAGACUGGAGGACUUCCGAGAAGUACGGGGCAGUGAGGCCAUUUCUCCUUUUGUAAUCCAACUAGUGAAUUUUAAAAUCAACUCUCUGGCACAUGAGGAGCCAGUGGAGUCACGAUAAAACCAGUGAUAUGUGCCCAUGCUUUCUUGUACCUGUUAAAAGUCGGGCAGCAGUGUUUUGUACGAGCUGGAGCCAAGAAAGGGAGGCAUGACUGUGCCCUGAAAAAGAGCGUUACAGUAGUCCUGCCAUGCAGUGAUAAAAGUGUGGACCACUCUCUCCGUGUGUUGGCUUUUUCAACAGGCAUAAGUUUUGCGAUCCGCCUCAGGUGAAUAAAGCUCUUUUUUUAAAAACAGAGCUACUGGCACAUUAAAAUAAUGUUUGUUGUCCAUGAUAACUUAGAGGUUGGUCGCAGGCUGUUUCGAGUAUUUUUCCUGAGAAUCAAAACUUGAGGGGGUUUCAGAGCUGGUAGGACCAGGAAAAAUGUUACUUUCAAAUGUGAUGGACUUGGGCUGUGAGAUUCUUCAGGUGCCACCUAACACUAAGGUACUAAGUGUUAAAAGGGCCAAAAACCAUGAACACAUGUAUUAUCCGGGUUUGGCUGUAUGUGUUAAAGUACUUUUUGAGAUGCCUGUUUUUCAAAACAUCUAACAUGUCUUUGUGAAAGGUGAGCACUUAAUGUUGGCUUUUUGCCACUAAAAAUCGCGUGCCUUGAGCAUUUGUCUGCAUUCAAAGUUGUGUUUACAGCAGAUGAGAAACCUUAUGUAGAUGAUGCAAAGAGCUUUUCUGUUACAAAGCAUUUGACAUACAGAUGUCAUACAGUACCAAUGAUUUAGAUUUGUUUAUAGUGCCUUACUGUUUUUUGCGAUCUCCAAGCAUCAGUUUUAAAUAGUAAGCUCUGUUAAAGUAACUUUGCAUUAUGAGGCAAGUUUUCUCAGUUAGAGUAACAUUAAUGUCUUUAUUUUGUACAAACAAAAACCCACAAGCUUUUGGAUGAGAAAUUUAGAAAAUUUAAUUCACAUGCAGACUGCCAUUGAAAUUCACUCUUGGUAGAGAUGCCAAAAGAAAUGUUGUCUUUGAAACAUUUUUGAUACUACUCAGAGCACAUGUCUCAACAAUAGCCGCUGUACAGUACCUGCAAGAGCCUUAUCCUAUUUUGACCCCUGGAUGUCAGAGAGAUUUUCUAUGACAAAGCCUUUACAGGUGUGCGUAGGUCAUAGAGCUAUGACAGCUUAACACUUUCCUCUUUGAUAAAGCUUGGUUAGGCUUAAACCAGCUCAUAGUUAUGCUGCUAUAGGUUCAGAUCUGGAACAUUGAGCUUCUGUUUGUCCCUCUCUCUCUUGUCUCUCUCCUUAUUAUCUUCAUGGUCCAUUAGAGUUAUUAAUCAGAUCUCUGAGUAGCUGAGCACCUUCAUCACUUGAAACCUUUUGUGCAGGUGCAGAUAAAGACAAAAUGCUCUCAGUGACAUAGGACAUGUCAAACCACUCAUGGUUACAAUAUUGAAUGAGUGUUUUGCUUCUAAUGUAUAUAUAUAGUUUCUCCCUUAAGAAGAAGAGAUGGAUGUUUCUGUUAGGUAUGUUACCUCAUUAACUUCAUCCUGAAAAAGUAAUAGAAAGUGCUUGUUAAAAAAAAUAUCUCAGAGGAGCUUUAAAUAUCUUACUGUGGCCAUUUUUCUUUCUCUCUUUUUUAAUUAGAGUACUUUUUAUACAAACAUCUUGAAAGUCAGUGAUUAUAAUGACAUGUUUAUUAAGGGCACUGGAAAAAGUUUGCCAUCUUUUUUCUGUAAAAGGACAUUUAAAGGAUGUAUUUGUUUUGUGCCAACGAUUAUACUUCAUGCCAUCCCUGCAUAAGUUAGCGCCUCCAAUUUGUCACCUCAGUCAAAUAAGGCUGUAUCCACCCUGAGCUCAUCUCGUACAAACUUUAUUCCAAGCUUGUAAAAAAGUUUUUAAAAAGUGCCCUCCAGUCACCAGUCAAAGAACAAAUGAGAACAGAGCAAAACCAGGUCAAGCUCUAUACAAUAAGGAAACAUUAGCAAGUUGCAAGUUACUUGGAUCAUAAUCCGACAUCACGCACUGCAAGCUCAUCCUUCCAUGGAACUGGGAUUUCACUUUUUCAGUUUCCUACAUCACAGAAGCCUGGCUUGGAACAAGAAUGUCUACGAUUCAACCGACAGAAAACAGGAGAACAUAGCAGUGGACCCAUCCUGCCUCAUUCAUAUACAUUUGUACCACGUGUGGGCCGAAAUCUUGUCACCCAGCCUCCAGUAACAGUUGUGCAACCAGAGGCAACUAGUUCAUUUGAUGUGGAAAAGCAGCAUGAGCAGGCAUGGAUGACUGCAGUCCAUGACACCCUAUAUGUAGAUCCUGAUACAGAAAAUCUCACCCCAGCAAUGUGGUCUGCAUUCCAUGCAGACAUUUAUUACGGUUAACAGGUAAACCAGUUCUGCAAGAUCUUCUUGUCGCAGGAACAAAGCUUUCAGAAUGUUUUUUCUUUGCACUGUCCAGUGCUGAUGCCCCUGUAUAAAAAAUACUUAUUUAGAGAAGCAAUCCACAGCUUGUUGGAAUUCUCUCCAGGUUCUCUCUAACCUGUUAGGUUCAUAUUAUGAAGAAAGAUAAAAGAUAUAGGCAUCGUUAUUUUUCUAUUUGUUGUACUUUUUACAGUUUGCCUCUGUAGUGAUUUAAAAUGAGCCUCACACGGUCGCACCAAAAUAUAUGUAGCGAUUUGAAAUGAGCCUCACAAGGCCGCACUAAAAUAAUACUGUAGCGAUUGGAAUUUAUAAUAAAUGUCUGAAGAUUAAUAAUCUCAAAUUAUGACAUUUAUGCACUCGUUGAAAGGGGCACCACCCACCCUUAAUGGUGGGAAAAUAAAGGAAACAAAAGUUUAAUUCAGAAAUCAAACAUCAAGUCAGUUUUAAUUAAUCAGUCUUAAUUAAUCAGUCUUAAUUAAUCAGUCUCAUAUCUUAAGUCGAAAUUCUAAUUUCAGGGACUCCACUUCUGGAAGAACACUAACAGACCAGAACUUAGAAAAAUAAUUAUCUGUUUAUUACAGGAUAAAUGAUGGUACAACACACAUGCAAUAAAUGAUGAUAAGAUAAUGAAGAUAAAUAAUAAUAGGUGAAUAAAUCAAGAUUCUGAGUCAGGCUAGGAGCACUAAAGUUAAUGAUAGUGAGUGAAUAUGCGCUAACAUAUUAACCUACACUAACUUUAGUGUCGAGAUAAACUCGGAUGUGGAUUUGGAGGAAUCUAAGAUUACCAGAAUAAGAGGAUAUCUGAGUUGAACGCAGGAGACAGCACCAGCCCUCUUUAGAGCUCUGGAGGUUUGCAUACUUAAGUGAGACUGGUCCUUGGAGAAGAUGGAGCAGGUUCCGAAGGUCCGGGCUACUGGCGGUUCGAGCGGUUCAGCUCAGAAGACGACUGAAGUCAGCCGAAGGAUGAGCCAGGAGUUGCAGCACUCAGGCCCGAAGCAAAAACCAGUGCCUGUGGAUCCUGUGGAUGCUCGUUUGGGUACUUCUUUAGUCUCACUCAAAAACUCUGGCACAGAGGAUGACCUGGGCCUGUUGGAUUGCGUUCGGAGGUGACUUUGAAAUCACGCAGAAAACUCAGAAAAACGAGGCUCGAAGAGCAGAGAAAACUUUCAAAAAUGGCUUCGCGUAAUUAAAGAAAAUCAAUCAAAGGCUUAAUCUUGAAUUGCUAUGUGCACAAAAAGUUGAAGUUUCAAAACUUGAACUAAGACGAUGUUAAAGAAAAAUCAACGUGAAUCAACACGUGGCGUAAAACUUAGAAGACUAAGAAAAAGUUCUAAGAGAAAAUAAAGAAACGCACCACAGAAGGGUGUGGGCAGAAGAGAAGGGGCAUAAGAGCCGGGGACAAGAGAGUCAGCAGAAGAGCAGAAGUAUAAGAGAGAUAAGAGAGCAUAAGAGAGCGUGAGCAACCCCACUUCACUGGUUUUAUCUUCUCACACUGGGAGUGGCUCCGGCGUGUGUGUGUGAGACAGAGGAGGGUCGUGUGGUCUUUGAUUAUUUGAUCUAACUUAUUCUUUUGGCUGGUAAAAGAGUCAGAUCUGAUACUCACUCACUAUGAUUAAUAUCAUUGAAUGCUUGGUUUCAUGACAAAUAAUUUGACACUAAACACAUAUGAAUGAAGUGUAGGAUCACAUCAAACAUUCUCAUUAUGUUUAAAGUAUCACAUUGAACAUGCUAAAUUACUCUGAAAUAAAACAGAUAGUAACACAUGGAAACUGUGAACAACAAAAGAGUAAACACAUGUGAAUGAACUUCAUCAUGAUUAAUAAUGGAUUCUAAAUACUCACAUUAAGGUUAUUCAAUGACAUUAUAACCACCUAAUGGUUAAAAAUACUAAAUAAAUGAUUAAAAUAUAGACCAAACAUUUCUAAACUAUUUCUGUGUUCAUAGAGUAAAGUUAUGAUCCAUAGUCAAUAAAUGUAACUCUUAAAAGUUCAUGAAACAGUCUGAAAAGCUGUUGGUCUAAAGAAACUAAAGAGCGAUAACUCGGCUUCUGGAGCACAUAGAAAAAUGGGAAACAUCUCAUUUUAACACAAAUUUCAUGAUUAGACAGAUUAGUACAUUGCUGAAUGUAUAAGAUGUCAGGAUCAGUCAUUUGUAUUCUUUCACCAAAGGAAUGUAGUCUUUAUCAGUGUAUGAUCGAGCUGGGUUUUACGACCGAGGUCUGGAGGUCAGUGUAUGGUCGAACAGGGUUUUACGACCGAGGUCUGGAGGUCAGUGUCCCCCUUUUCCUAGGGUCCGUAUGUUCACACACUUUAAGACGCUAAAUCUCAAAUGGGAAUUCUGGGUUGAGACGUUAAUGUUUAUUUAGAUGGUCAGCAAAUGGAGUCAGUUUGAAAGGUAAUAAAAACUCUGUCUCUGUUCUCCGAAUUGACCAAUCCUGAAGAGUCAGAGGUUUAGUCAACCUCCGGUUCGGUCACUUAUUUAACCUGAAAGUGCAAACACGUCUGGAAAGAUUUAUAUCCUGUUUCCUGGGACCAGAUAAGGAAACUUUCCUGUAAGGAAUGUGUGGGUUUCACAUCCAGGGUUGUCUUGAUUGCUACAGUCCCCCCUUCGUCACGGUGGUCCUGUCCAUGGAGCAUCGGGACGACGAGUAGACAACCAUGAAGCAGCAGCAGCAGCAGCAGGUGUAUGCAAAUAGGACUGAUGCGUCUCAUUAUCACUAUGUGAAUCACUAGUAUCUGCUUUAAGAUAACAUCAAGCAUGCAUUAAGCUAUCAAAUAAAAUCGUCUAGGUGUUAGACUUUUCUCAGUUAACUAUUGGUAGACUAAUGUGAAAGAAAAUCUCCUAAUUUUCAGUAUUAAUGAGAUUUAGAAAAGCACUCUUUAGUCUGAAUGCUAACUGGAUCUAAAGCUAUAGCUGUUUUUCAUGCUUGCUGGAGAAGUCUGAAAGUUCAAUUUCAGUUUCAAAAAUGAUUAAGACUUAGGUGGAAAAGAAAUGUCUGCUAUAGACAUAUUAACCAUCUGUGUAUGAGCAUAGUCAACCUGAAUCACAAACAUCAAAAGUUUACUGCACAGAGUUUCUCUUAAACUUUGUCUGUUAAACUUGGGGAUGAUGCUCUUAUCGGUUUGACUAAUUAUCUGCUGUUGAGUCUGAAAUUUGUCAAUCUGAGUCUUAGUGACAGAAAUUUCAGCUUUUAAUCUGUUCAUGGGAUAUUUGACAGCUGACAAGCUGACUAUAUUGACAGAGGAGAGACAAAUGCUAACAAAGAAAGCAGCAACUGGUAUUGCAGUCAUCAAUGUAUCACCACAGCAUUUGGAUAUCUUAUUGGAGUCAUUUAGCUUUGGCUAGGUGACUUCUGCUUUCGCAGGACUCACACCUUCAUGACUCCACAGUGUGUUAAUCUCAGUGGUUAGCUGAGUAGUCAUGUUUAUUCACCUUCAAAGUGGAUGAAACCGAUUGAGGUGGAUAAUAAGAUCGUCGUUUCUGAGAGUGUGAUUUACUCUGAUUCUGCCAGUCAUUCACCCCCCUUUGGCGGUGUUGAUGGUUUUUCCUUUGUCUGGGAUAAAACCCACCGUGACGGGAGUCUGAAUAACAACAGUUGGUCUCAAAGUUUACCUGGCAUUGGUCUGUGUCAGACCUGGGCCUUGGUGUGUACCUUUGACCUUUGUGAAUAUGUUGAGGUCGAAAAGGUUUUGGAGGCCUGGUUAACCACUCAUUUGGAGGCUUAUCGGAGCCUGAAAAAACACAGUCUGAAGCUUCGUUCAGCUCCAUGGGCAGUGAUUUUGUCUCCAUAGCCAAGAGAGUAACGGGCUCUGCUUUCUUAGCCAAAGUUUGUCGUUGUUUGGCAAAACCUUUUACAGCAAGUUCACGAAGCUGUCGGCUAGUCGAAGUGUUUGGACAAGCUAAGACGCCAAGGUGAUGACUGGUGGUAGGGUGGAGGUUCUGGACGAACAGCGUUUUGAAGUUCAAGUCCUCCUCCAUUUCUGGUUCAUUUCGGAAACCAAAGUAAGCUUCGCGUAAGCGGUUGUAAUAAUGUUGGGGAGGUUCUGAUCUCCCUUGUUUAAUAGACAGAGCAGCAGAAAGGCCUGUCUGGGUCAAAUGAUCAGAAAACUCUUCAAUUAAUGCUUGGCAGAGCAAGUCAUAAUUAUUUCUGACAUGAUAAGGCUGUCGUUCAAGGAAACUGCUAACCUCUCGACUUGACGUUGCCUUAAUAAGGUAGAUCUUGUCAUCAAUGGUUGCACCUGGAAAUUUCCUCAGGUAAAAGUCAAUGUCUUUCAAGUAGGUGCAGGUGUCAGUAGCACCUUGGUGCUCAGGUUCAAAGCGUGCUAUGUUGCGAGCAAUUUUGUCAAGAUCCCUAUCUGAGGGAGAUGGUAAGAAGCCAUCAUGAGGAGGAGAGUAGGACUGUUGGUUUAAGGAUGACCUCUCAGGGUCAAGCAGGGUCCUGUCAUGAUGCUGAGAGAGAUACUUAGGAGUUGGUUUGGAAGGAAGUGAUGGCGCUCUCUCAGGAGGCUGAUCACCUAUCAUUUCUUCAAGAAACGUUUGCUCCAUGCGUUCUCUUUGGGCUCGACCUGACUGGAGGGAGCAUUGUAACUCUCUUUGGGCAUCUUCAAGUCCUUUGUCUGUCUUUUCUUGCCGUUCUUGACAAAGAAUUAACUGUCUUUGAGCUAUCUGGAGCUGGUGCUGUAAGGUAGAAGUUUGCUUCUCCUUAACUUCAAGAGCUUCAGCACGCACUUUGACCAGUGCUUUCAAAGCUUUUACAUCUUCUGUUGCUUGCUCUAGCAGGGAUUCUGACUGUAUCAGAUCCUCUGUGGUCUUAGCAAGAUGCUUAUUGGCUUUGUCAAGUUCUUUCUCUUUUUGGUUAAGAGUUUUAUCAAGUCUUUCAAUCUUGUCUUUGAGAUCAAGAUUUUCUUCAUGACUUAUCAGUGAGGGAAGCUUUGACGCUUCACAUCUGGCACUGUGUUUUUCUAAAACACUUAGAGACUUCUUAGUCUCUUCUAGCGUCUUUUUCAGAGCGCUGUUUUCUUCUUUUUGCGUCUUUAUCUUUGUUAAAGCGCAUUCCAGCAAGUAGUCUUUAUACUCAAGCUGAGAAGACAUCACGACAGACAUGCGUCUAGUGAGCUCUUUGUCACGAAGUGUCGUGGUUAAGGCUGUUUCCAGUAGGUCAGCCAUUUCAUCCUCCGGAUUGGAGGGUUUGGCCUUUUGAAUCUUAGUCAUGUACUGAGGUAUCAGCUGACCAGUCAAGUUUGCCAACACUGUGUGUAUGUCCCUCAGGGGGUCUCCCUGGCUGGACUCUUUUGUGUUAGGCAUGUUUGGUUUUGGUAAAGAGGUGCAGGUGGUUGGUUGAUGAGUUUGAGUUGACUUAAAAUGAAAGGAAGAAGCAAAAUAUCAAAUUAAGUGGGUUAAUCGACUUAAUUUAUCAGUGCUUGAUAAAGAGGAAGAGCCUAUCUGAGUAGAUCUCUAAUGGAGAGAAAAAUAACAUAAAGUUAAAUUCAUUUCAAUCAAAAUUGAAAAACAAUGAAAUGAUGUUAAAUUAAAUUUAACAUCAGAUACAGAACCAUUGAAUAAAGGGUUCAGUUUGUCUCCGUGUUGCAGAGAUCAGCAAAGCUUAAAUAAACUGCCUGGUGCAGUUGGAUGAAUUGGGAAAAAUCGAUGAAAUUGUCAAUUUAAGGAAUUAACUCUGAAAUUAAUUCACCAAUCGCAAUAAAGCUAAAGAUUCAACUACCCAAUUCAUCUGAAAUGGUAAAAUAAAUUUCAAAUAUUAAUUAAUUUGUUCAUUAAUUAAUUAAUCUUAUGAGGAGGGUUAAUACAUUCAUGUAUCAUAGGGAACAGUAAAACUGCUCACUGGUGUGAUAAGUAACAACAAGAUCAGGUGAUUGAUUCAAUGAGUUACUUUAUCAAUACAUCAUGGAGGCUCUUAUAACAAAGAUAAAAAUCAAAAUCAAUGAUCAAUGAUUUAGAAUAAGCACAUCAAACUUCAUCAACCAAGUCAAUCACUUGAAUUAUGUCUGUAGAGUGUUACACACUGACUACAGGGAGGCAGUACAGCUGGCUGAUACUGCAGGCAGAUAACAUUGUUAGCUCAAUACCAAAAGCAACCAUGUGGGGCAGUAUGGAGUUGGGGUAACUGCACAAGCUCAACACAAGUGGAGAAGAAGAAGAAAAGAGGAAACAGUCAUCCAACUAGCCUCUUGUGGCUAUGAGGAGUUGGGAAGUAUGCAGGAAGGGGCCUUUAGGCUCUGCCUCCUGAAGGGCCUUAUCUGCUUAAGGCCAAAUGGUCAGUCUCUCCACUGACAACAAAGGGUUAACAUUUCACAGCAGGCUGCAUCUGCACCCUCAAACAUAGAACUCUACACCAUCUGCUCAGGAAGAUUGGUUCAAUAAAAUCAUUUACAGGAACAAGAAUCAAAGUGACAAAUCCCUCAACAGCAGAUUCAACUGCAGACUUUAAAAUCACAAAUGCGGCGAUUCGUGAUCACGGAUUUUGUCUGAAUUCAUUCAAACAACAACCUCCCACUGUUACAGUGGUUUCCUGUGACAGAUAGCUUAUCUGUCAGGGGAAAGGAGGAAAUCUAAAUCCCAUAUAGUUACUAGAACUUCAUAGCAGACUAUAGAGACAACAAUCAAAGUGACAAAUCCCUCAACAGCAGAUUCAACUGCAGACUUUUUAAAAAAUCACAAAUGCGGCGAUUUGUGAACACAAAUUUUGUCUGAAUUCAAUCAAACAACAACCUCCCACUGUUACAGUGGUUUCCUGUGACAGGUAGCUAAUCUGUCAGGGGAAAGGAGGAAAUCUGAAUCCCAUAUAGUUACUAGAACCUCAUAGCAGACUACAGAGACUUCAGGGGCUUGAAACCACAGCUCGGAGCAUCGCGAACACUGGGUUCAGCCAAAGGCCUUAAAUACAAGCGUACGGCGACGCAACAAUCGUGCACUUAAAUAUUGGACAGUCUAGACAGAGCAGAGGAGUCAGUCUCACUGCUACUCAGAACAACAUUUCACGCUGUCCAGCUCAAACACAGACUACAGGCAUGUAGUACAAGAGUGUGUGAAACACAGAGCAUAAAGGUUUUAUGCAUAGAUCAGGAAAACAUCAGAACUUCGUCAAGCAACUUCAGCAAGCAUAGCAUUGAUUGUGAUUAAGUCUAGGAUAGCCUGGAAAUAAGUUUCUCUCAUCAAUUUGGAAGGCUAAGUUUUAGGUUGUCUGUUAGUAUCCAGAAGUUUUGUUUGAAACGCCUCACACGGGGCACCAAAAUAUAUGUAGUGAUUUAAAAUGAGCCUCACACGGUCGCACCAAAAUAUAUGUAGCGAUUUGAAAUGAGCCUCACAAGGCCGCACUAAAAUAAUACUGUAGCGAUUGGAAUUUAUAAUAAAUGUCUGAAGAUUAAUAAUCUCAAAUUAUGACAUUUAUGCACUCGUUGAAAGGGGCACCACCCACCCUUAAUGGUGGGAAAAUAAAGGAAACAAAAGUUUAAUUCAGAAAUCAAACAUCAAGUCAGUUUUAAUUAAUCAGUCUUAAUUAAUCAGUCUUAAUUAAUCAGUCUCAUAUCUUAAGUCGAAAUUCUAAUUUCAGGGACUCCACUUCUGGAAGAACACUAACAGACCAGAACUUAGAAAAAUAAUUAUCUGUUUAUUACAGGAUAAAUGAUGGUACAACACACAUGCAAUAAAUGAUGAUAAGAUAAUGAAGAUAAAUAAUAAUAGGUGAAUAAAUCAAGAUUCUGAGUCAGGCUAGGAGCACUAAAGUUAAUGAUAGUGAGUGAAUAUGCGCUAACAUAUUAACCUACACUAACUUUAGUGUCGAGAUAAACUCGGAUGUGGAUUUGGAGGAAUCUAAGAUUACCAGAAUAAGAGGAUAUCUGAGUUGAACGCAGGAGACAGCACCAGCCCUCUUUAGAGCUCUGGAGGUUUGCAUACUUAAGUGAGACUGGUCCUUGGAGAAGAUGGAGCAGGUUCCGAAGGUCCGGGCUACUGGCGGUUCGAGCGGUUCAGCUCAGAAGACGACUGAAGUCAGCCGAAGGAUGAGCCAGGAGUUGCAGCACUCAGGCCCGAAGCAAAAACCAGUGCCUGUGGAUCCUGUGGAUGCUCGUUUGGGUACUUCUUUAGUCUCACUCAAAAACUCUGGCACAGAGGAUGACCUGGGCCUGUUGGAUUGCGUUCGGAGGUGACUUUGAAAUCACGCAGAAAACUCAGAAAAACGAGGCUCGAAGAGCAGAGAAAACUUUCAAAAAUGGCUUCGCGUAAUUAAAGAAAAUCAAUCAAAGGCUUAAUCUUGAAUUGCUAUGUGCACAAAAAGUUGAAGUUUCAAAACUUGAACUAAGACGAUGUUAAAGAAAAAUCAACGUGAAUCAACACGUGGCGUAAAACUUAGAAGACUAAGAAAAAGUUCUAAGAGAAAAUAAAGAAACGCACCACAGAAGGGUGUGGGCAGAAGAGAAGGGGCAUAAGAGCCGGGGACAAGAGAGUCAGCAGAAGAGCAGAAGUAUAAGAGAGAUAAGAGAGCAUAAGAGAGCGUGAGCAACCCCACUUCACUGGUUUUAUCUUCUCACACUGGGAGUGGCUCCGGCGUGUGUGUGUGAGACAGAGGAGGGUCGUGUGGUCUUUGAUUAUUUGAUCUAACUUAUUCUUUUGGCUGGUAAAAGAGUCAGAUCUGAUACUCACUCACUAUGAUUAAUAUCAUUGAAUGCUUGGUUUCAUGACAAAUAAUUUGACACUAAACACAUAUGAAUGAAGUGUAGGAUCACAUCAAACAUUCUCAUUAUGUUUAAAGUAUCACAUUGAACAUGCUAAAUUACUCUGAAAUAAAACAGAUAGUAACACAUGGAAACUGUGAACAACAAAAGAGUAAACACAUGUGAAUGAACUUCAUCAUGAUUAAUAAUGGAUUCUAAAUACUCACAUUAAGGUUAUUCAAUGACAUUAUAACCACCUAAUGGUUAAAAAUACUAAAUAAAUGAUUAAAAUAUAGACCAAACAUUUCUAAACUAUUUCUGUGUUCAUAGAGUAAAGUUAUGAUCCAUAGUCAAUAAAUGUAACUCUUAAAAGUUCAUGAAACAGUCUGAAAAGCUGUUGGUCUAAAGAAACUAAAGAGCGAUAACUCGGCUUCUGGAGCACAUAGAAAAAUGGGAAACAUCUCAUUUUAACACAAAUUUCAUGAUUAGACAGAUUAGUACAUUGCUGAAUGUAUAAGAUGUCAGGAUCAGUCAUUUGUAUUCUUUCACCAAAGGAAUGUAGUCUUUAUCAGUGUAUGAUCGAGCUGGGUUUUACGACCGAGGUCUGGAGGUCAGUGUAUGGUCGAACAGGGUUUUACGACCGAGGUCUGGAGGUCAGUGUCCCCCCUUUUCCUAGGGUCCGUAUGUUCACACACUUUAAGACGCUAAAUCUCAAAUGGGAAUUCUGGGUUGAGACGUUAAUGUUUAUUUAGAUGGUCAGCAAAUGGAGUCAGUUUGAAAGGUAAUAAAAACUCUGUCUCUGUUCUCCGAAUUGACCAAUCCUGAAGAGUCAGAGGUUUAGUCAACCUCCGGUUCGGUCACUUAUUUAACCUGAAAGUGCAAACACGUCUGGAAAGAUUUAUAUCCUGUUUCCUGGGACCAGAUAAGGAAACUUUCCUGUAAGGAAUGUGUGGGUUUCACAUCCAGGGUUGUCUUGAUUGCUACACCUCAACAUACAAAACAGCAGUCAGCAGUACAUACAGUAGUCACAUUCACAUUUGCUCAAAACAGUAAAACGCAUUAUACCAAAAUAAGUGAAAUAGAAUAAAUAACUGAACACCUUCACAUAUUCACACUACUGCAUGGCAUGAAGAAAGUAGGUAAUUAUAAUGAAAACACCAUGUGCUCCUCAGCAUAAUUGCUAUACUGUAGGUUUAGCUAGUGCUAGCAUACACUGGCAUACACAAUGCUAGUUCAUACUAAUGGGAUGCAUUACUUAGGCCACUUAUCCCAUAAGACUGUCCAUAUUCAUAAAACAUUUUAGGACACUUCUUGACAUUUUUUUCUUUGUUUGCUUACCUUCAGAAUAUCAGUAUCACAAGUGAGAAAUCAAUGUAGCCCAUGCACAUGGACAACUGUAUGACAAUGAACUAGCAAGCUAACAAGUAUAAACAAUUAAGACACACCUACUAGCCUUCCCUCUAAAAAAAAAAACAGUAGUGGAGUUUUUACUCUAAUAUAUAUAUAUAUAUAUAUAUCUGUAGUUCCCCACAUAUUUCCUGUUUUUUCUCAUUUGUGUGAAAUAUAUAAUACCAAAAAUAUUUAAAACAUAAAUAUUUGAAUUCCAAUUGAUUCCUCACAUAAGUAUUGACAUAAUCUAGCACAAAAACAAAAAUUACAGAGCAAUUGUGGGAAAACCAAGACAUCAUUCAAAAAACAUAAUUCCGAUUUUGGCCAUUUUGGAAAUAGGGCAAAAAAUAUAUUUUUCUUCAAUCUGGUUUCUUGACACUCGAACCAAAAUUGUUGUAUAGACCAUAAUCUACAAAUUGGAAGUGAAAAAUAAACUUUUACACGAAUUUGAAAUGAAAAAAAAAAUUACAUAUACAUGGAACCCCACUAAGUAGGGCUGGGCGAUAAAACGAGAAUGAUAUACAUCGAAAAUUAACUUCCCUCAAUAUCAAUAUAAAACAUGGUCAAUAUACUUUUCAAUAGUCAGCAUUCUGCCAUGUUUUAGUAUACUAUACAAAUAGCCAAUGAAAAAGGGGAGUUGCUCUGAAUAGCAAACAACUGCAUAGUAGGAGGCUGCAGCUAGACGCAACCAUAGCAUUUAAACACGUGAAGCCAAAAGCACUGAUGGUGAGAAGAAAAAAAAUGAGUGCGAGCCCUGGCAGAAAUGCAGAUGAAAGCUCAACAGAUGACAACAUCGUCGGCAACACUGGCACGAAAACGUUGGUGGUGUUGAGGUAUUUUGUUUUUCUGAGGUCGGACAUGAAGCAGAGUAAUGUGCACUGCAAAGUAUGUCGAGUACAUGUUUGCACAAAGUCUGGGAAUAACUCAAAUCUUUUUCACCACCUGUAGCAGUGCCACGCAGCAGAGCACAUGCAAUGCAAAAGGUUACAAAUCCUGAGCAGAGCAAGGAGCCCAUGGCGUCUGUGCAGCCGACCAUUCAGUCCACUUUCUCUAGCUCAACGACAAAAUGUUAGAGAGACACAAAGACCUCACAGAUGCAGUAGCUUAUUCUAUUGCAAAAAGACAUGCCACCAAUAAGCACUGCUGAAUUUCAUUCUUUAUAUGGUGAUAUAUAUUGAUAUCGACUAAUAUGAAAAAACAUAUCGUGAUAAACUUUUUCCAAUAUCACCCAGUUCUAGUUGCAAGCCAUCAUUCAACUUUUCAGAAGCAGGGUGAUAUAGUGAUUAAAUUCAACACAUACAGAAAUUUUUGUGCAUUUAAAAUCUGUCACUUUAGUAGUAUUAGCCAAGCAGCUGUGGUGCCUCACUGAGAAGAUGAAAUGAGUUUGAUUGAAGGCAAGGUAGCAGGAACAAUUUUAUGUUAAAAUGUCCUUACGUGUGGCAGAAAUGCAAGAACAUUGCUCACAAAAUGCAAAAAUGAAAGCAGGACGCCUAUACAAAGGUCUUCAUCAGCAAUAAAAGAACCAAUUCUUAUGCUGUUUUAAAACCAAAUGGAUCCCCCAAGGAAAGAAUAUGGCCACAAUAUGACCCACUUUCCUGAAAAUGGUCUCCUCUUCUUCCUCUCAUUCUUCAGGAGGGACAAGUCUGCAGGGAUGGAUGGGAUACAAAGCAAAAUUAUUAUAACCUGCUUGAUGAUUCUUAAACUCCCAAUGGUAAGUUUUCAUUUACAGUUUUUCUAUCAAGGUCAAAAAGUGCUUGAAUAAAAACUUUUUUUUUUUUGCCAAUACAUUUACAGUUUGAGAUGAGCAGUGGGAAAGUCCUGGAAGAGACUUACAGAAAAUGGGUUCAAUAUAAAGAAGACUGUGUCAAAAUGAUUGAAAAUGAGCCUCUCCUCCAAGGUAGGACAUACUCAAGUCUCUCUGCAAUUAAAAAGAAGUAUUGAAUAAAUGAAAAAGAAAUGGGGCAAAUUAAGACCUGCCUCUGAACUUUAAUUAAAAAGAAAUCUCUUUGUGGCUUUUCAGUUGAGGACCAGUUUUCUCCCAGCUUCUUUAUAUCUUUCAAGAACAAGCAACAAAAAAAGGGACUCAAGUGCAGGACACUGAAGACCAGUCCUUAAAGGCAAAAAUCAGGGUUUAUUCAGUCCAAGGUUCAGUACACAGUUAGGCAAUAAACACAGGCAGAGGUAUCCAUGAUGUGAGGCAAAAAGCAGAGGCAAAAAACUAUGGUGUUCAACACGAGACGGCUUGAAGAUUUCAGUUUUUAUGUCCUUUUUUUCAUUUCAGGGGGCUUGUUCUGUAACAGGACAUUUGACAGAUACGCCUGCUGGCCUGAUACUCCAGCUGGCACUUCGAUCAACAUCUCAUGUCCCUUCUACCUGCCCUGGUAUGACAAAGGUAAACCUGCCUUUAUGCAGUUUUACCUUAUUGAACCAGAAAACUGAAAUCAAACUUCAAUGGGUUUCUAUCACUUCCAUUUGGAACUUUUUGGAACAGAUUUAAAAAUGUUGUGCGGUCAAAAACACAUAUAAUCAACAACUGAAAAUCAAGACUUGAUAGAAGAUAUGCCAUACAAUUGAAGGGUAGCAAAGGUGAACAGUUUUAUUGUUGACUAUUUAGCACAAUGUAUUGGUUAAAUGACCCAGACAGUGGGUGGGUGUCUCUGGAGCAGCAUUAGACUAGACCAGGGGUCGGCAACCUUAAACACUCAAAGAGCCAUUUGGACCAGUUUCCCAUAGAAAAGAAAACACAGGGAGCCACAAAACCUCUUUGACAUCUAAAAUGAAGAUAACAUUGCAUAUAUUGUUUUUUUUUUUUUACCUUUGAAAAACUGCUGCAGAGAAAAAGAAAUGUUAUUUCUGCAGGCAAACAAAAAUAUUUUAAAUAGUUUGAAAUAAUCUUGAAGACCCACUUCAAUGAAAAUCCUGUUAUUCUUGUUGUCUACAUGUUCAUACAUAAUUUUCCUGAUGCUACAGGACAUAAUACAGGACGUAAUGUUAGUGCAAAAUUGCAUUUUUGAGUAUUUCUGCAUUCAAAUCACUGUGAAUCUCUGGCAGAGCCAAACGGUACUCUCAGACACAGGGAGAUUUCCUACUUUACAAAUGCAAGCUCUGCCCUCGGAGCCCUGCUAUGCAGGCCACACUCAGACGAGUAGAAAAGAUUAUCGCGCAACAAGCUUGUGCGUAGAAUGAAAAACACAAUUUCACAGAACAAUGUAGAAUAUAUUUUUGCAAAAUAAUAGCCGAUUAAAAUGUGAAAUUUACUUGCUUAAUGUGACUUUCGCUCCUCAAUCUCAGAGCACAUCGUCUCCACAUCCAGGCUGUGUGACAUCACAUUCAUCUUCACACAGGUUUUUGGUUUUCCCAAAUCAGCAGUUAUGAUGCAUAUUUUGAGCAAUAAAAAAAAUUAACUUGGUUUAUUUAAUGUUACAAAAGCAUUAUAAUCUUAAAAAAAAAUACUAAAAUAAAAUAAAUUUAAAUUAAAUAUUUAUUAUUUAUUUUCCAAAUCCAUCAGGAGCCGCAGUUUAGGGAAGAAAGCCAGAGCUCCUCUUAAAGGUAGACCUUUUUUCAGUUGCUGCUGGUAAAUAUGUGUCAUCAGUUGAGACCUUGUCUUGUGGAGUCCCUCAGGGUUCAAUCCUGGGCCCUCUGUUAUUAUCUUCAUACAUGCUUUCACUGGGAUAUCUUAAGAGGACCUUCGAAAGUGUCUUUCAAACCUGAUUAUAUCUUUAGAUUGUCUAUUUUAGUUGAUUGUGUGAACUGCAUGAAGGCAUGGAUGACAGAUAAUUUUCUCCAGUUAAAUGCUGACCAAACAGAGGUUCUUAUCUCAGCACCUGUUCAUGUUGUGCUAAAUGUGAUAAAAAGUUUUCAUGCUCUAUCCUGUGCUGUAAAACCUGCCUUCAAAAACCUGGAUGUCCAAAUGGUCCAGAACCAAAGUCUGAAGCAGCAUGUAAAUGGACUGGUUAGACCUUCCUCUUCUCAUUUAAGAAAUACUGUCUAUUAAAACUAAGGCCCAAAGUGUCCAGGAAUAAGCUUUUUAAACAGAGUGCCACCAACUUCAGAGCCAAAAUCUAACAGUAGUUGCGUUGCUUAUCUUCUCAUCUCUUUUUCUCUUUUAGUGUCCCAGGGUGUGGUUCAGCGGCGGUGUGGCUCUGAUGGCCUUUGGGAGAGAGACCAGCAUGGGCAAGUGUGGAGGGACAUGACUCAGUGUGAAGAGGAAAAAGAGGUCAUGUCUCAGGAGGUAUGGCAAUCGAAAUGUCUCUAGCCAGGGUGUGAAUAUAUUUCUACCAUGAUUUCUUCUCGUUCCUGAAAUGAAUUUGAUUCCUUGUUUGAAAUAGAUAGUCUUUUGUUUGGCUCUUACUUGUAUCACUUUAACAUUUAAAGAAGAAAGACAACAAACUCGGAAGUAUGCGGAGUAUUUGUAGAAGAAGAGGAACAAAAGAAGUUAAUGAUGGUACAGAGUACAUGCCUAGGGUUAAAUCUAUAUCCAUCUAUCAGUAAUCUAAUUACUGAGACUGAGACUGAGCAGGAUUGAAACAAAAAGAAAAACAACGAUUUACUGUGUGAUGAGUACAUAGUAUAUACAAAGCUAUUAAAUGAUUUUGUACUGACAGUCCUCCUAUGGCUCAUACUUGCGUGAGUAAUUGCCUUCUCAACAGAACCCAAUCAGUGGUUUACUCUGAAAAAAAUCUCAUUGCCAUUACCUCAUAUUCCCAGCAACAUAAUAAAAGUUUAGACGGGGAUGAAAGAUAAAAAAGUCGCAUGAUGCUAAAAAAAAUACUCAGUAGAACAUCUUCUAAUUUAUUAGGUUACUUUGCGAGCAGUUGUUGUCAUAAUUGGAUUUUAUAAAAUGACAUAUACAUGUUCCAGAGCAACACAUGCUGCAAACUAGAUAAAAACCUUGCAUAUUGUAGCAAGACAAUGCCUAACCCCAUCCUGCACACAUUACAGCAGCAUGGCUCAGUAGAAAAUUAUUUGAUACAUCAUAAUAAAUAAUACACAACAAGGAGGACCCAGAAUUUAGGGGCACCUGGGGACAGAAUUAGUCGAAUGUUAGACAAUUAUUGAUACUUUGAAAACAUUGGAAACUUAUUUACUCAGCCCCAAAACAUUUACAGAUUGUUUUUCAAGAAGAUGACCCUGGGCUAACUAUUCUGGAGUCUGUUUUUGUCAUCAAAAUUUUAAAGGAUAUACAUUUUUCAUUAAAAAUAUGCUAUUUUUCAUUCAUUCAACUGUUCCCUCUCUGCUAUUUUCAAUUAAAAAUAGGAUUCAAAUGAUUUGAAAAUAUCACAAUCUGUUUUUAUUAACAUUUUGGGAAAGCUCUGCGACUUUUUUUAACGGUCAACAACUGAUAGAAUUUGUGGCUGACUUGUAGAUAUAGUGGAGCAUCAAGCUGCUCAAGAGCUUUCCUUUGGGAUUAUCGGGUAAGACAGAGCUAUCAGCUAGAAAAUAUUAGCCAGAGAAACAACUCCACUUGAAUGCUUCUCUGUUUAUUAAUGUCAGAUGAUUUCUGUUUAUUUUCAAGGUUGCUGGGACACCUUCAGUGGUAAAUGCAAGUAUGUGCUGCUUGUUUCUGUUCAGAGGAAGGCCAAAACUUUCCAUUUCAAAUGGCAACACUUCCACAGUCCUCUUCAUGGGGAGAGGCAACAUCAGUGGUGAACUGGUGAACUAAAAAGCAACAAUGUGAAUUAUACCAGGUCUAUCCAUACCUUGAAGUUUAAAUCUUCUCACUCUUUUUUGGAGGACACAUCUUGAAAUAAUUCAAAGUAAAGCCAUCAGCACACAAAUGCUGUGUUCAUGUUGGCAGUGGUAUUUUGACAAGCAGGAGACUGUGGAAUGUAAGACAGCAAGAGGAAUAACCAGCCUAAAUGAGGGGGUUUUAUGUUACAUUAUUUAUCCAGUUUAAUCUUGGCUGUGCUGCAGUGAGUUUGAGAGUUUAAUGCAACUAAGGGGAUCUGGUGCAAAACACAUGGACAUUUAGAAAACACACUUUCCAACAUCUGAUACAUCUGCACAUUGUAAAAAGGUAAACAGACAAAAAGAAAAAAGAAAAAGAAAACAUCCACAUGCAGAAACACACUGCACCACACAGCCAUCUCCAGAAAACACUUAAAAAGUGAGUAAAAUGGCUAGAAUGAGAUUUUUGUUGCCAUGGUUCGGCACCUCUAUAUCCAUUUAAGUUGGCUGCACAAUAUUGUCUAAAGAGUGAGUCAGGUAGAAAGUGGCAAUGCCAUUGGCUGAACAUGAUUGACUGAGUUUAGAGAUGAUUUUGAGACACAGAUUUUAUAGUAGAUUUUUGUGCAUGGCUGUACUUCACCCCAACUCAGUGUUUACUUCCACCAGCAAAGAGAAUCAGAGAAUCAACCAAAAGAAAACCAACAGAAGUGGAAAACCUCAGAGAUGCACGACUUCCCAGAAGUCAUUGGUGUUGCAGUUUCCUCCACCAGACCAGAAAAUCAGAAGUUGAUCAGUUGAUAUAUCAUUAUUUGAACUAUUCAUUCAAACUGAAUUGCACAUGAAGCUAAGGGCAUGGCCAAGCAUAAGUGUCAACCUGAACGCAUUGCACAGUAGCUCUGAGAACCCGUUGCUCUGCAGCUUGAGAAGAAAACAGAUGUUUGACUACACAAGUGGAGCAUUUUUGCACUUUGGAUUUUGGCAGCAUUUUUCUUUAAAGUUUGAGUCAGUCCAUGCUGUUUCACGGCAAGGAGAAGAGAAUAAAGACUUCCUCCUGGGUUACCAAUUUGUCUUGACUUUUCCUGUACUAUGUUGUUAAUUUCAUUUUUGUACAAUUGCGCUAUUUCCUUCAAAAACUCUCACUCCCAUUGUAUACCUCAGAGCUGCCUUCUUUUCCUCCAGUGCACACAGACUUCAGUGCAAUGCUUAAUCCUAAUGUGCCUCAAAUAAGGGACAUUAGUAACCUCUUUUUGGUAAAAUGGUUGCAUGUAAAUAAUGCCCCUGAACGCCCCUGAAUGCCUCUUGUUCAGUCUUCAGAGUCUGUAUCUUAGGUUCUAUUUGAAUGUCAAGUUUGUCUCAAAUGUGUCUUUUCAGCUGUGGUUCAAACAACUGAUGGUGAGCUUCAGGAUGCUGUACACUGUCGGCUACUCCCUUUCUCUCUUCACGCUCAUCACAGCCCUGAUUAUUCUACUGAGCUUUAGGUAAGCUGGCUAACAAAUGCCGCGAGGAAUGAUGUCAUUUGCAAUUAAAUCCCGCAACAUGUUUACUGCAGUUUAAAUGCAACUCAGGAGUGCAGAUAAUGUUCUACAGUAAUGACUGACAUAAAUGCAUCACAGUUUUGCAUUUUUGUGGGAUCAAAUAUAUUCAGUGUGUACUGUGAUGAGACAAAGUGAACUGAUUAAAGGGUUAGUGAUAGAUUUGGAUUAGGAAGGUCAUCACGUUCAAAGUUGGCAGGAUCUACAGCCAAAAUGACACAACAUAAAAAAUAACAAAUCGAGAAUGAAGAUGCUCCAAAAUGUGGUGAUUAAACCCCAGAUUGAAUGGAAAUGAUUGAUUUCCUCUGACAGAAAACUCCAUUGCACGAGGAACUACAUCCACGCCAACCUCUUCCUAUCCCUCAUCCUGCGAGCUGUAUCUAUCAUUGCUAAGGACACCAUGUUGGAACGCCACUGGGGACGAGAAAUUAUGAAACAGACGGAUGUAAGGGAGAUGCUCAGUCACCAGGUAGGCCUGAUAAUACACCAUUGAUAAAUUCCCCUCCUUUUAUAAUUGGAAAAUUUAUUGGAAAAUGCAAACAUAUUUAGCUUAGGUUAUAGAGGCUGACACAGCCCUACCAUUUUAUAUGGUGUAAACAAUGCAUGGUCAUAAACACACAAACACAACUACAAAGAAAAGGACUCCAGUCAUCACAACAGAAGUGCUUCAGCCCUGUAGGGGGUAACAGUUUUAGGAUCUGCUGUAGCUGCGGGCUUGGGAAAUGUCCUCAGUUGCUGGCAGCUUGGUCCCCUGAUGAUCCUGUGAACUGGCCUCUUUGUGUCUUUAGGGCAGCUGUUUAACCAGAGUGUGAUGUAGCAUAUGAUGAAAUUCUCAACAGUGCACAUCAGCAGGAGGCUCUGCAGCAGACUGGCCCUUUUCAGCUUUCUCUGAAGUCUGUUUCCAGUGACUGUGAAUGUGUUUGUAGUCCAGAAGAAGUCUCCGGAAAUGCGCACAGCCAAGAAUUUAAAUAUGGACACCAUCUCUUUCGACCACAGCGGUGAUUGAUCUCUUAAAUGAUCUCUUAACUAUGCACUUGCCCUGGGAUGCCUUCUGGUCCAGCUACUUUCCUACCACUGAUGCUGGCUGUAGUGUCAGUUCUUGGUCAUCUGGUGGCAGUAUGUCUAUUACCUUGAUGUUAUCAUCUGUAUCAAAGUAAACAAAGAACACGUUUAGGUCCUCUGCCGGGGUUGGGCUACCACAUACAACACUAUCGUCCUUUUUGUUCUCAUGCAUUGGGACAUAAGUCUGGGAUCACAAAUUCUCCUCUACUUCGAGUCUGUAGUUGUUUUUUUACCUCCUCUUUUGUAUCUUAUUCCUGAUUAUCCCUUGCUAGGCUGUGGACUGUGGUGUCGUUGGCUUUUUAAGCACUAUCCCUGACUCUUAACAGGUUCCUGACCUUUUAUUGAGGUCAUGGCUUCUGAUUAGGAAACUUCCAGAUUUCUUUAACAGUACUGACAUUUUCAGUGUCUACAUUCAAACUAACAUAGCUGCUCCAGGACAGGUCUGUAGCAGAGUUCAGCUGCACCUGCAUGCUUAGCUCUGAAGUUUUGAAUAGACUGGAAGCUUUGCCAAAGUAGCUGCUGGGGUCAGUUAGUACAAACACUCAAACUCUUGUGUGCAGAAGCCAAAAAAAGCAAAGCACUUGGUAUUUCUGUUGUGAUGGCAAAAUUUUUAUUUGCAGUUAUUUUCGUCUUUGUGUUUUUCCCUUUGCACCGUUUUCUGCAAUUGCCUCACAUUCAGUUUUUAAAGUUGCAUUGACAUUUUGCAGUGCAUUUACAGUAUGUGUUGUAUUUGUUUGUGAUUUUGCAUUGUUUUCCUAAUGUCAACAUUUUAGGCUUUUGCACUGUUUCUGUCAGCCACUGUACUUGAGCAUUUUUAUCAUAUGUUUUCUAUCAACACUCCCCUAGGCUGCUGUUGGCUGCAGAAUAGCACAGGUGAUGAUGCAGUACUGUGUCCUGGCCAAUCACUACUGGUUCUUUGGAGAGGCAAUUUAUUUACACUCUGUGCUUAUUGCCUCUGUGUUCAUUGACAACAACAAGUAUUUACCUUACAUCUGUCUCGGCUGGGGUAAGUGCAAAAGUUUUUCUUGGACUUAAGGUGAUUAAACCAGUUUGACACCUUUACUUGCUAACUCCACUGAUCAGAAGGUGUAAGUAGACAUGUCAUUUGGAAAGAUGACAUGUUCCAACAGAGUUAAUCCCAUUGUCACCCCUUUGCCCUUAUGUAAUUCAUACUUCAAUUAUGAAACAUCAUAUUAGUCUUGUAAAAAAAAAACCUGUAGCACUAGUGUUUAAUUCACUGACACAUUUAUAGUUACAUAUUAACAUAAUAUCGACAUCUUCACAGUGUUUAUUUUUGACAAAACUCAUUGUCGAAUCUCACAAAUUACUGCUCUUUUUUAGGAACUCCACUUGUGUUUGUGGUUCCCUGGGCGGUGAUGAAGCUAUUGAACGAAAACAAAGAGUAAGUGGGUUUGUAGUGUUCCCGUGAGGCUUAUCAUCAUCUUACAAACACUUGGUUUAUUGAAAGAGGAUAGAUUUGGAGAAAAAGUAACAUCUGCCAUGUCUUUUUAGGUGUUGGGCUGUCAAUGAGAACAUGAAUUACUGGUGGAUCAUUCGUUUCCCAAUUCUUCUUGCUUCACUAGUAAGAAAAGCUUAUUCUAGGAACUGUCAUCAUCCUAUAAGUCUUAUUCAUGAUAUUAAUUACAAGUAAAGACUUGAAAGAAACACGUCACUCUCCUUUUUAACAGAUCAGCUUUCUGAUUUUCAUGAAGAUCCUCAAAGUGAUUCUUUCCAAACUGCGAGCCAGCAACCAGACUGGAUAUCCUGAUUACAAGCUCCGGCAAGUUGCCCAGAAAAUACAUUCAUUUAUUUUAGAAUUAAAUUUGUUCAACUCUUGUGUCUAUCUUUUCAAGCCAGGGUCAUGCCUGCUGACUCUCAGGCAGGAACAGUGAUGGAUUUGGGUAUGAGGAGGAGGAGGAGGAAGAAAGAUGUAGCUGGAAAAAUGCAUGUUGAUGAUUGCUGUUUUAACUUCUCUGUCAGGCUUGCCAAGGCAACACUUACCCUCAUCCCUCUGUUUGGGAUUCAUGAGAUCAUAUUCAUCUUUGCUACAGAUGAGCAGGCAACAGGCGUUCUGCGCUACAUUAAGGUCUUCUUCACCCUUUUUCUCAAUUCAUUUCAAGUAAGUUCAACUAGAUCAGAAACUCUGGUCUAUCAUUGACAAAUCUGACACUGUGGGAUAGUUUAGCCAUCAAGACAUUUGAUGCUCUGUUGCACAACAAAUAUAGACUUUGGUGCUCAAACUAAACUGCAGUCUUCUAAAAUUUUGUCUUCCUCUCAGGGCUUUCUGGUGGCUGUGCUCUACUGCUAUGCCAACAAUGAGGUUAGUCCUUUCAUUUCUUAUUUAUUUACCAUUGCUGUAUCUUGACAUAAGGGACAUAAGAAGUACAGAACACAGUGCAUGAUAAAAUAAAGAUGCUAAAUCACAUAAAACUUAGUAUAGGGUAUUGUUAUAGUUUCAAGUGAUUUUGGAGUUUCAGGUGGGGAAAUCACCUGAAAUGUUUAGAUUAAUAUCAACCCACACAUCAUCCAUCAUCAUAUUUUUUAGAAGCAAAAAGAGAAUUUAAGCAUCUCAGGUCAAACAUGUUUAUAUGGAACUGUACAUUUUCAGGAAAUCAGCACACAAAAUUACACAUUAACCUGAAGUGACUCACCUCCACUCUGGGUGCAGGUGAAGACAGAGCUAAGGAGGAAGUUACGCAGCUGGAGGAUAGAAGCCGAGAUUGUCUGCUGUGGACAGUGACUAGCUGUGCUUGACUCUCGAGUGGACACUGUCUCCAUCGCCACAGUCCCAGAGCGCAAUCGAUCCUCUGCCACAAUGAUGAGGCCGAUGCCGGACGGUUCCCCAACUCCUGACAGUUCCCUGAUUUUUAGAAAUGCAGUCCAGCCAUCAUCUCUGCAGCCAACUGAAUCAUUGCUUCACUGUCCGUCAGUGAUGAAGAGCGACAACACCCAGCAGUGCAGACAUCAGGAUGAUCCUCUACAACCAUCUGUGGCACAGGUGUCAUUUGUCAUCCAUCUUCAAGACCCUGUGGAGUUACUCCCACAUGUUGUAAAUAUAGAUUCAGACUGAAUACAUUCUUGCAUUCAAUGUAAAUUUCAAGAUUAUAUGUGUUUUGUUGUGAAUAUGUAAAUUUGUUAAUGUAUACUUUUAUGUAAACUGUAAAUUGUGAAUAUGUGAUAGUGACUGUAAAAAACUGUUAAAAAAACGAGCAAAUGUUUCACAUUAUGUACAAAAUUAAAAGAUCUUUGCUUAUAUUGACUGACUAUAAGAUAAAAAUCAUAAAAGCUGGGUAAUUUUCUGUUUUUGAAAAUGCGGUUUUGGUCAAAGCUUUACAUGAGUUAUGAUUAGGUUUGGGUAAAGCCACAAUUAGUGAUAAACAGGCCCUAGCCGAUUUGUGCAAGUUGUUGCAGCCAUUGCAUGCAGGCCUACAUCAGGAUCUGCCUGUGAUGCAGCCCUGAAAGUACAAAGAGGUACUAUCAAAUUUAUACAAAGAUAAGCUCAGACCACUGCUGUGAGCAAAACAUACUAAACAUUGUGGAAAAACCUUAGGAGGUUAGGUUAUGACUUAAGCCAGGUUAUCACCUGCAGGAAUGUUCAUUGCUAUCUAUUCAAUAUCUUAAUUUUAACCUUGUUCAAAACUGUCUAUGAGGGGAGAUACUACUCGUGUCCAUGAGAGACCAUUGCUACUAUUAAAAAAUGGUACACAUAUAAGAUUUCAGGCUGGGACAAUCAUCAGGUCUGUGAAAUGCAGAGCAGAUUCCAUACUCUAUGUGAAAGUUAGUACCAUACAGAGAAAUUAGCUCACAGAUGUGUUUAGGCGUGGACCUUGAUCAUUGACAUAAAAUUAUGAGAGAUUAAAGGUUGCAAGAACAAGCAAAAAUAACAAGCUACCUGUUACAUGGCAAAACAUCAAAGUUUGGCAUACUACCGUGACAUCAUGUCUUGACAAACAACAAACCAUUGAUUCUUUAAAUAUCUAUAUUGUGUCUACAAGCAACAUUUAGAUAGGGUAAUUUUAUUGCCUUUUUUGAAAAAGCCAAAGAAUCUCAGAAGUAGCACUUUUCUAUCUGAACUACAUUACCCACAAACGC